CAUCAACGAACAGCACUCAGGUAAUUGCAAAGGUAGGCUCUGCGUCUCACGGUUUAAUUUCCUUAAGCCUGCUACUGCUAUAUCUCUCUCCUGAUACGAGCCCUUUCGCGGGACUUUCUUCUCUCUCCCCUCUCACCCCGCAUUCUCCAUCCUCACUCACAACCAGCAUAAGCCAUGGCUCCCAAAAUCUCGGCUCGCAUUUCUUUGCGAUGGCUACCGAGUACAGAAGCCCCUUCCGAGCCUACAGAUACGAUUGUCUUCGGUGUUGGGGCGUACUUCGUUGAUCUGCGGGUGCUCAAGACCGACAAUACAAUCGACUGGGCACUGGCUGGCGAACGACAAAUCGUGUCAACAGAUCCGUUAAAGGUACGCUGGAUCAAGACCCUCGACUCCCUCGGCCUCACAGAAGAACCAGACGAAGGCGACUUCACAACCCUCCCUAAUGGCGAUAGUCUCGAAACCGGAGCAAUGCCUUGUCCAGAGAAGGGGAUGGCAGUAACACAAUACGAGGAGGUAUGGCAAGUGUUGGCUCCACAAUCUGGUCCUGACGGAGAGAAAGGUAGUGCGUGGAUACUUGAGAGUAUUGAUGCGGCAGAUACCAUGAAGACCUUCUUGGGACGAAUCGGUGGAUCAUAUAUGGCGAUGAGAGGGAAGACUGGAGAAGCGUGGAAGGAAGGAGAGUUUGGGGCGAGGAGUGAGGAGUGGGAUGCGAGCGAUAGGAAAUGGAAGAAUAAACACGUUAUUGGGUAUAUCGCGGGGCUUCCGUCUCCUGCUGAGUUGGGCACUGGUUUAUUUGCUGGGGAGGAUACAUGGAAAGAGGGAGACAAGGUUGCCGUUCUUGGGCAGGAAUAUAUUGUGCGGGCGUUUGAGGCUCUCCAGUGAAAGCUUGCUGAGCUUCUUGAAUCGACUAUCCCCAAAGUCUCCAUUCUGCUUAAUUGCAAAUGAGAACACCUUACAUCUGCGCAUUUUCCAUCCGAGUCCAUUUCCAUGUCAGAGUUCUUCCCGAUUAUGUCUCGGUUCUCCUGCCUUUGAUACUAUGGUGCCUUACUUACAUUCGACUUACCUCAUAUUCGAAGACCUGGGCUAGUGUCUG